GCCAUAGUCAGCAUAAAGCAACAGCGCCAUGGCAUAUUUUGAGGUCUUACGUCUGUCUAAAGUACGUGCAAAAUCCUCUACAACAUCUUGGUCUUGAUUGAUAUCCAUUGUGGUAUCUAUGUCGGAUGAGUAGGUUGAAUCAUCGCCAUGACCGUCCGGGGGUGGUGUUUGUUCCAGAUUGAGCAUGUUCAAGUCUCAAAAAAAAAAACCGUCGACAAUUGCUUACUCCGCCCCCGUAUGGCUUCUUUGGUAGAUUACUCGUCCGCGUCAGAGAGUGAAUCAGAAACCAGCCCGCAAACCACUCAAAUUGGCAAGCGAUCCCGUAGUGAUAGCUCUUUACCACCAUUGCCAGCUGCCUUCAAACACAUUCGAACUGAUGAUAACCCUGAGAAAUACCAAGGGAGAAUACGGACCGUCCCACAUACGGAAGGACAAUGGCCAACUCACGUUUACAUAGAAGUGCCGUGUUCAAAGGAAAUCAAAGAUAUAACAGCCCAUAUUGACAGCUCUCCGAUUAAAGUGGACUGUCCUGACGACUUGUGCCAUAUCAGUCUCAGUAAAUGCCUCUAUUUGAAAGAAUUUCAGCAUGAAACAUUUGUAGCUCAGAUCAAGAGGGGAAUCAAAUUAAUAAAGCCGUUCUCUUUGUCGUUUGCGGCAAUAGCCCCCCUCACAAACGAAGUUAAUACACGAUCGUUUUGUUCUUUAGAAGUUGGUUAUGGUUACAACGAGCUGGAAAAGUGCAUGGCGGUAAUAGACACAGUUGCUGAGAGACAUCGUCAGCCAAAAUUUUACCAGCCACCCCGCUUUCAUGCUAGUAUCGCUUGGUCUCUGAAAUUAGAGUCGAUAGAGAAGGCCAUAGCCUCCAUGCCAAUGGAAAAAGAAGAUAAUUUGAGGAAAGCCCAAUUCUAUGUCACUCGCUUACUUAUCAAAAUAGGUAAAAAGGUGUCUAAAAUAGAGUUACAAGGAAAGUAACUUAGACUGAGACUGAAGGACUGCAGCUCCCUAUUGUUAUAAACAGUAUCUAGAUUGUACAGUAUAGAAAGACAUUGACUGAUAAUGAGAAAGGAUAAUUAAAAUAUGCUAAAUGUAU